AUGUCACCAGACAAAUUGGAGCUCCUCUUGAAGGACGAAGUGUCACGGUCUCCAAAGUUCCAGCGCAUAGACAGUGAGGAACACCAGACUCUAGAACACUCAGAUAUCACUGAACCCGCUACAGGUCGCGUAUCAACCAUUCAAGAGUAUACAACCGUCACGUUACAGCCGCCACCCAUUCCGUUCGAAGGAAUCAUAUCACAAGCUCGCAAGGUUCUUCAUGGGGGUCCAGGCAUACAUCUUUGCCACGAAUCACAUCCUCUGAAGCGACCCCUCACACCGCCUUUCAGCCCGAGCUCCGAUAAUAUGUCGGAGUCUACUCAGAGCGAACAUAGGAAGGAACGACUCUGUUGA